AAAAACGUGAAAAAUAAUAAUUUGUCAAUAGUUUUGAUGAUUUUCGGUGAUACAACAGGAUCAAGAUAUUUGACUAGAAAACUUGAAAAAAUAUAGGCUGCUGCAUUUAAUAUAUCGUAAUGUUGAAAAAAGAAUAUGGGCAAAAAACAAAGUCAACAAAAGAAAGCCAAACAGUCUGUUUUCAAGGUCAAAGAAGCCAAGGUCAACAAAGACAAGAGCAAACAUCUGAAAAAGAAAAUUGAUGUGAAAAAGGUGAUUCUUCAAACUAGAUCAAGAACUGUAGAAGUUGACUCCAGAUUCUCCCAACUGAAGUCUAAUCAGCCAGUAAAGCUAAAACAAAAUAAACAGACUCUCAAGCAUGAAAAGAUGACCUCUACACCAUCACACAAGCAACCACAGAUGGACAUUAACAAAACUAUAGACAAUUUAGAUUUCUCAAAGUUAUGACAGAGAACAGUAAAUUCAUUGCUUAAAGCUUGAAAUUGCAGUAUAAAUAAUAAAUUGUAUUUUAUAAUUAUGUUAAGUAUGAGAAUGAGUGAAUUUGUUCAUUACUAUGUAGUGACUGUGUAAUGUGGGUGUAAAUACAGAAAUAGAAAUACCAGAACAUCCAUAUCCACUUAAAACAUAUUAAACUACACUGUAAAUUGUGGUCACACAUUUUAAGUGUAGGAACACUGGGAUGUGUAGGCAUCAGUCGUGAAUAUUUCCAUUUUCAUUUCUAUUUUAUAGUAGCCUGGACAGCUAUUUGAGAACAAUGCAAUAUUU